AAUUCUACCUCACCUUAUCUUCUUUUGGCCAAUAGUGCGCUCACGGGCCUUCCUUUCAGAAAAUGUAACAAACCACGUGCUGAGAGGAACGCAGACACAGCUUUCUAACUGUCGAGAAAGCUGACUCGUCACAUAUUAAUACGUUUAUCCAUCCAAUGGAGGUAAGCGGUAAGGACAACAAACAUGACUGAAGAUGCAUAGAUCUGCCUAAAGAAAGAAGAAGCCGCGCAUGUGGGGCGUCCUACUCCUAGAUACAAUCAACCUUUCCGGCGCAAUUCAAAGAUGUCAUCAAGCGGCACUGCAACAACUUCUCUCCCUCUCUGGUGGUAAAUGGACAGACUUUCUCCUGAUUGGGACACGAUGCAGAAAGAUGCUUUUCUUUAUUUCAUCCUGGUCGCAAUGCAGGAGACGUCAUUUCCUGGCCCUCGUGGAAAGCAUUGUUGAGAUGUACAUGGCUGUAUUCUGCGCAUUCAAAUCUCCGGUUAACAAAGACGGGAGGGAGACGAACGCGGUGUCUCACUGGUUGCGUUUUGCACCCACGUCACAAAAGCAAAAGCUUUGCCCAUUUUUCUUAACUACUCCGUCCAUUUUCGUUCCCGUUCCUUCCUCCGGAUUCAAACCCAUGACGGAGGUCUUGUCUGCAUCCUUGCACGAAAUAAGGAGUCCAAAGAUCUUCGUCUUGAUAACAGUUCCGUUGAUGAAGUCCUUCGUGGGGUCAUUUUCUGCAUACGUCUCCGGUUUUGCCAAAACUCUUCUGGGAGAAAAUUCAAAUGUUCAAAGUAGUUAUAUCUAUAAUAAAGUGUUCCAAGGGAGAGGGAGGGUCCAAGAAUUCAUCAAGCUUGGGCAGGGUCAUGGGGACAGUAUAUGUUCACAGAAAUCAAACUGACGCGGUCAUAGGAGGGUUGCAUCAAGAUCUACUUUUUAUGUUUUGGAUUUUAUUUAUUGUUUUCUUUUGUUGGAAACAAACCCAUAGAUUCGUUUUUAGUUUCUAUACAAGUGUUUAGAACUCAUUUGUAAGUAGCCUUCAAUUUAAUGACAACCUACUUUUUCUUUC